UGUGUGCGUGCUGCUUUGGUAACCAGGUCCGAAGGAUUCUGGUGUGGAGCAGUCAGUGUGCAUUUUCUUAAUAGGUUCAGCUCGGAAUCUUAGGGGUUCGCUCGAAUUCCUGGUGCAUAAAUGGAUGUUUCCCCCACACCAUAGGAUCACUCAACAGCUUCGCAGUGCAUCUGCAUGUACGCAGGUUGCCAUGCUGUGUGUGUAGCGUCCUCGGCGUGAUUGCAGCAGCAGCAGCAACAGCAGUCAUUCCGCCAGCUAGUCCAUCACGCAGCUAUCAACGUUCAAUUUCAAUUUUAUGUGCAUGUGGCCAGCACGCUCGCGCGAUCUAUCUUUUAUUUUCUACUUCCAGGAACGUACGGUGUCCGAAAUAGCUUCUUCGAGUGCACUUGGUUGAGGAGGGAGAGGGGACUGGAGUGAACCUUCAGGGCGUGACCUCCGACGCGAAUUUUCUACCAGAUAGAGGCCGGGUGGGUGUGUGAACGUCGUGAGUAUCCAAGUUUACGCGUGGGAAGGGCAUACGAGAGGAAGCGGUUUGAAGCGAUUUUGAAGGAUCCAGUAUUGGGUCCGUAGCGUCGAGUUCCAGUAACGCAGGGAAUUGGACGUUCAAACCGGUAAUGAAGAAGGGAAAUUCCACUGGCUACGUCGCCCAACUCAUCCUUGUGACAACACUAUUGCAGGCGUGCUGCGCAACGGCGUUCUUCGUAGACGCAGCUCCACAACCCUUUGUUUCCCCAGGAUAUGGCUUACCAGGAUUCAACAGCAUGCGCCACAGGUCCAUCCUCCGUGACGAAGUCGCUGCCAGGCUGAAGGAGCUCGGCAACGUGAGUGACUCUAGACACGUACUCGAGAGAACCUUCUUGAGCCCAGCCGCCUUGGCUGCAGGUCGCCUUCUUGCAUCAUGGAUGAGGGAUGCCGGCCUCAGAACAUGGGAAGAUGAGCUUGGAAACGUCCAUGGUCGUUCAGACGGAGCUAAUGCAACUGCACCUGCUCUUCUCUUGGGUUCUCAUUUGGACACAGUGAUAGACGCAGGAAAGUACGACGGUGCACUGGGUAUCGUGACAGCAAUCGCAGCAGUGAAAGUUCUAAAGAUUGAGGGGAAAUUGCAACAGUUUCCUCGCCCUAUCGAGAUUAUUGCGUUUAGUGAUGAAGAGGGAAUUCGUUUUCAAACCACGUUUCUGGGAAGUAGUGCUAUCGCCGGAACUUUCCAACCCAAGCAUUUGAAAAAUGUCGAUGCUAGGGGUAUCUCAAUUGGAGCUGCCCUGCGUGCGGCGUCACACCUUGGGACUCUCGAGAGCCUGUCGACUAUGAAGUACGAACCGACAUCUGUGUGGGGUUACGUCGAACUGCACAUCGAGCAAGGACCUGUGCUUGAGGCUCAUGGCUUACCAUUGGGAGUUGUGGAAGCCAUAGCCGGCCAAACAAGAUUAGCGGUGCGGGUUGAAGGAUCUCAGGGGCAUGCCGGUACUGUGCCCAUGUCCAUGCGUAAGGACCCUAUGAUAGCAGCAGCGCAAUCUAUUGUAGCCAUCGAGAAUAUCUGCACACACCCGGAGAAAGGUGUCGGAGGCAGCCGUGGCGCCACUGCGAUGUCUACUGCCGUUAACCAUGCUGGCGCAAUAGUGUGUACAGUUGGGGAGAUCCAUUCAUGGCCUGGAGCCAGCAAUGUCAUUCCUGGCGAGGUGAUGUUCACAAUCGAUGUGAGGUCCAAGGACGACUCAAAUCGGGAAACGAAUGUCGUGCGGAUCGAGAGUGAAAUUCGCAAGAUCUGCAGGAAGCGUGGUGUCGGAUGUGUCAUAGAGAGAAAGCAUGAAGCGAACGCAAUAGGGUGUGCUCCAGGAUUGAGCGAUCGGUUGAACGCAGCCGCAUUUACUGCGAUGAGGGAAUUGCCACCAUUCCGCAACAAUUUCACCGCACUGGAAGAUGGUGGAUUCACAGCCCCGACAUUAGUGAGUGGCGCUGGUCAUGACGCUAUGGCGAUGGCCUCCCUCACACAGGUGGGCAUGCUCUUUUUGAGGUGUACAGGUGGUGUGAGCCACUCGCCCGCAGAGCACGUUCAGGACGACGACAUUUGGGCUGGCAGUCUCGCCCUCCUCCGCUUCAUGGAAGGCGUACUGGGUGACCUUUCCCAGAAUCAAUCAGCUUGAUUUGACCGAUCUUCUACUGAUGCGAAGAACUGGAGCGCAUGCGGUCCUUCGUUAGCAGUUGUGACAACUGUAAAUUUCCCCCCUCCUCCAAGCAUUUUGACAGCUUAUUACCUUGUACAGACCAUUUAUUUUACGAUUUGAACUGGAGUCCAUUGUCUAGACCUGUAGGCGGAGCCCAUGUACACAUGGCUGAGACAUAGGCAGUUGUGUCUCUCUCUCUCUCUCUCUCUCCCCCCUCGCCCUUCGAUUACAAGCUAGGUUCUUGUAUGGUAAUCUAGGAUGUUUUCCAAAAGCCAAGCUCACUGUGAUCGAAUCAUCUCAUAUUCUUUCCUCCUCACUUAGCAUGCUUUGAGAGGACACGUGACACUACUGCUUCUAAAAUGUAGUCCAGGAUUUUAGAUGGUAGACCACCAUUGAGGUGCAAUCUGAUUUGUAACAUGCUACAACGGUAGCCACCUAUUUUUAAUCCCACUGUCCAUUCAUUUUGUCAA